AGUUUUGCGUUUAUAUAUAAUUUUUUGUGAUUAGUCGCAUUUUCUGACUAAAUUUAAUGUUUAUCGUUAUAAACUGCGUGUUUGUAGUGUGAUAAAGUGCAUUUAACAAUAGUUUAAUUGGCCAAAAUGUUUAAACUUUGACCAGAUUAGGCUCAAUAUAGAGAUCGCGCAAGCAUUUUUCUUUUGUUGUUUAGGAUUCUAUUAAACGGAUUAUAUUACAAUUUGAUUGUAAUUUAACACUCACAAAAGGGACGUAUUAUGUGAUAAAAGUAUUCACGAAUCAUGACAAAGCUGCAUAAAUAAGUAUAAUUUUAAAAUAAAUGUCUAUUAAACAUCAUCCAAGGUCAGGCGUAAACUUUAUCGAGGAUAUUUUAUGAAAUUAUACUACUAAAUGUCUUUGUUGAAUGUAUUAUACUUAUGAUGCAACGUAAAAUAAAUGUUAAUUACAUUUACUAUGUAAUAAACAAGUUAUUGCAUAAUUUAACAUUGCACAGAUGUACUUCACCUUUUGAUUUAUGAUUAUGAGUUAACUAGUCGUAAUAAUAACAACCAACACACAGUGUGUGGUUCAGUUAAUAUCAAUUAGUGUGAUAACAAUGAGCUGACAGUAUAAUGUAAUAAAAUAAAUAAUUAAAAGACAAAUUCAUUGCCUGGCUGUUAAAUGAUUUUACUUAAAUGAUAAUAAAUAAAAUUGGAAGAUUUUCACUAUGAUGGUAUCUGAUGAAGAAACCCAACCUCUCAUUGACUACAGCUCUUUGCAGAGCCAAGAGAACCUGUAUGAUGUGCUUUCGAUAAAUAUUAAUACUGAUCCAGAUUUUGAUCAGGUGGUGUAUGGUUACCGCAAGUGUAGAUGGCGGACUAUACUGACUUACUUUCUGUCUACUCUGACAUGUGGUUUCCCUUUCCUUGUCUUCCACUGGUGCCCUCGGUUCCUACUAUAUGCUGGCUCAGUCAGGUGCUGUUUUCAGCUGGCUGACCAAGUUUUAGUUAUUGAAACAUAUCAAAAGAAAUGCAAAAGCUAUUACAUUCAUAAGAUAAUAGACAAACACAUUGCAGAUGCAAGUGGUCUGUUGAAUGAGGGGUUUGAAGAUGAAUUUGGUGGUGAAAAGGGACCUAUAGACAGUGCAGAUGAUUUAUAUACUCCUUUAUAUUUGGAUGAUGGGACUAAAUUAAACGUACAACAGUUUCGCUACUUUCGUCACAAGAAGCAGUAUCUAAUAUGGGACGCAGGACGAGCGCACUGGAUACGGCUGGCGGGCGUGGAGCGAGGUGCUACUUGCGCGCAACUCCACGCCUUGGCAGCCAGACCAUCUUGUUCCGAGCGAAGGCUGAGAAUCCUAAACAUCUACGGGCUGAACGAGAUCAAGGUGCCCGUACAAUCCGUGCUGACACUGGUGCUAUUGGAGGUGUUCAACCCGUUCUACGUGUUCCAACUCUUCACCAUCGCUGUAUGGCUCGCAGAGCCCUACUACUACUACUGCAUAGCUAUAGUGCUCAUGUCCACCUUUGGUGUUGCCACCUCCGUUAUACAGACUAAGAAGAACCAAGAGAGCCUACGGACCACAGUAGAAGCUCAUGACACCAUAGAACUAUGGGGCGGUCGGAGGGUGGACAGUCGAGCAUUAUGUCCGGGGGAUGUUCUGGUAUUGCCGCCUCAUGGCUGCACUAUGCUUUGCGACGCGGCGUUGCUCACCGGAUCUGCUAUCGUCAACGAGAGCAUGCUUACAGGUGAAUCGGUUCCGGUAACGAAGACGGCUCUUCAGCGAGUGGACAUGGGGUUCAAUCUGAAGGAGCACAGCUCCAGCGUACUGUUCUGCGGCACAAAGGUCAUACAGACUCGAUACUACAGCAACGAACCUGUCAAGGCAGUAGUCCUUCGUACAGGCUACAACACAAGCAAGGGUGAACUAGUUCGCAGCAUCCUAUACCCAGUACCGGCAGACUUCAAGUUCGACCGCGACUCCUACAAGUUCAUAUUCAUCCUGGCCUGCAUCUCGCUUGUUGGACUUGGUUACACCGUUGCUUUGAAGGCCGCUCGAGCCAUGACUGCCGGCGAUAUAAUACUGAAAGCGUUGGAUAUAAUAACUAUAGUGGUACCGCCGGCUUUGCCCGCCGCCAUGACAGUGGGCAAACUGUACGCAGUGUCGAGGUUGAAAAGAGCAAGGAUAUCCUGUCUCAACACUAGGGCGGUUAACGUUAGCGGCUCCUUGGAUUGUAUAUGUUUUGAUAAGACAGGAACCUUAACAGAAGACGGUCUAGACAUGUGGGGGGUCGUGGCCGUCAGUACUGCGGUGACCCCUACCAUGCUGGGGCGGCCUCAGAGGGACCCUCGCCAGAUGAACGACCUCCACGAUCUGAAGAUUGGCAUGGCUUGCUGCCACAGCCUAACCUUGCUCAAUGGAGAACUGGCUGGAGAUCCUUUGGACUUGAAGAUGUUCGAAUCGACUGGCUGGAGGCUGGAGGAGCCCGAGGUGCCCGAACAAGCACACUAUGAAAUGUUGACACCCACUGUUGUGAAGCCGAAAGGAGCCGCCAAUAUCAAUGUGGAUGACUUGCAUAUGCCUUUAGAAGUGGGCAUAGUGGCUCAGUACCAAUUUGUGUCGACGCUGCAAAGGUCGUCGGUGGCGGUUCGACUCCUGGGCGAGGACGUUAUACGAGUGUACUGCAAGGGCGCGCCUGAAAUGCUGCGCACACUCUGCAGGCCGGAUACAGUGCCUACAAAUCUGAACGAGGUGCUCAGUUCAUACGCGGAGAAGGGUUACCGAGUGAUCGCGAUGUCUACACGGAUCAUGGAGGUCACCUUCAAACAACUGCAGAAGAUGAAGAGGGAAGAGGUGGAAUGUGAAUUGGAAUUCCUGGGUCUGGUGAUAAUGGAGAAUCGCCUCAAGGCUGCUACCACCGGCAUCAUACAGGAGCUGAAGGAGGCCAACAUCCACGUCGUUAUGAUUACUGGUGACAACAUUCACACAGCGGUGAGCGUGGCAAAAGAGUGCGGUAUACUGAUGAGCGGGGAGAGGGUCGUUCAUAUCAAUGUGGAGUAUGGAACUGGGUUGCCACAUCUGUACUGUGAGAGCACUAUGCAUGGGGUGUGUGUGGGCGGCCGUGUGUCUUUCGAAAGGGAAUGGCGCAGUAUAGACAGCGGGCACGGUUCCUGGCGAUCCAAUUCUGUCCACCCAGCAGACGUAGAGAACCCGCCACGAGAGCCGCGGUACAAGAUCGUCAUGACUGGAGACACGUGGAAGGCUCUCCGCGAGCAGUACCCCAGCGCAGUAGGGCGAGUGAUAGAGCGCGGCGCGGUGUUUGCGCGCAUGUCGCCCGACCAGAAACAACAGCUAGUAUUGGAUUAUCAAGCGCUUGGGUACUAUGUUGGCAUGUGCGGCGAUGGUGCAAAUGAUUGCGGAGCCUUAAGAGCAGCGCACACCGGCAUAUCCCUCUCGGAACUAGAGAGCAGUGUCGCCGCUCCGUUCACCUCCGCACAACCAGACAUAGUAUGUGUCGCGCGAGUGUUGCGCGAGGGUCGCGCGGCUCUGUCGACGAGCUUCGGCGUCUUCAAAUUCAUGAUCGCGUACUCCUUAACAGAAUUCUUCUCCGUAGCAUUUCUUUAUUAUUUCGACGCGAAUCUCACCGAUUUCGAAUUUCUAUACAUCGAUGUUGCAUUAAUCGUCAACUUUGCAUUUUUCUUCGGCAUGACGGAAGCACAUACCGGGAGAUUAUGUAAAAUACCGCCCUUAACUUCCCUUUUAGGGAUCGUCCCACUGGUUUCAUUGACUGGACAGAUGAUUUUAGUUGCCAUAGCCCAGUACUUGACUUAUUUAGCCUUAUCGUAUUUCCCGUGGUACGUGAGACAUACAUACGAAGGUCCGGAAGCGAAUUAUUGUUGGGAGAAUUACGCUAUUUUUACGAUAUCUCUGUUCCAGUAUAUAACUAUGGCGAUCGUCUUUAGCCACGGCUCGCCGUAUAGACGAUCGGUUGUAACGAAUAAGCAUUUGAUGAUCAGUGUCAUCAUUAUGACGUCACUGUGUGUGUAUAUAACUGUAGCGUCACCGGAUUGGCUGGCUGAAUUCCUCGAACUGAAAAUGCCGAAAGAUAGACUCAUGGCUUACAUUGUAAUAGCGUUGGCGUCCUUUAAUUUUGUAUUGGCGUUGUUCUUCGAGCGUUGUAUAGUCGAAUAUUUGAUGGAAGGCAAACAAAUGAUCCCGAAGUUUUUGAAAGAAAGGCGUGUUAGGAAAACUCCGCAUUUGAUGAUCAAAAGGCAGUUGACGGAUUUCGAUUACUUGAACUGUGAGAGCGUUGUUAAGUGUGACAAAGAUGUAAAGAGUGAAAUGUUCAGUUCAAACUCUGAAUGAAAUAAUUUUGUAUACUGCAUACAUAUUAGUAUCGCCGAUUUUAUCCAGUAAUAAUAUAUCAAUUUAUCAUAAUUUUGUCUGUACUGUUAUGUAUGUCUCUUUACUUUUUAUACUUUAAUUUGUAUCGCUUUCUUGGCAUAUUUACUGUAUAGCAAAGUUAAGUAGACUAUAAAUAAUUUUACUAUACUAUUUAUUGAAAAAUACUACCUAUUGUUGUUAGGUAACCUCUCAAAACGGUGCUUUCCAUUUUGUAACAUGUGUGCUAUUUUAUGCUGCAUUAUACAAAUUUUUAUAAUUAAAUGCUAUGAGUUUAAGCUAACGUUUAAGUCUUGGAUCUAUAUAAAGAUCACUGGCGUCAUACUGAAUGCGCGCGUAAUCGAGUACGAUUUAUAAUACAAAGAACUUCAAAACACGUCACAUUGGGCGCGCGACGCUCUUGUGUGAACGGCCAUCUUGUAUUUCGACUGGUGAAACAUGCACCUACAAUGCGUGGAGCCGGUGUCUUGAUAACAACUCAAACUAAGCUUUAUC